CAUUGAGAGACUACGUCACCAGCUAGGACUGUUUGGGUCAACCUUGGUGAAUGGUGUGAGGUGAAACUUUUUGCCUGUCAAGAUUACAGUAUAUCGGUAAAGAAGUUCAAGCCCCAGCUAGCCGCAGAGCUACUGUAGCUUUAAGGAGGUCACCUGAUGCAAAGAAAGGAAAACCCGACCGAGGAAGCAGGAAGUUCCUGUACGACGACAUCGAGCCCGAGCACGUAAACAGUGCACAAAGAGCAGAAAUAAACACAAAGAGGGGGUUUUCAGACGUUGACCGCAAUGGCAGGCAUUAAAGCACUGGUUGGUUUGUCCUUUAGUGGUGCUAUUGGACUGACAUUUCUUCUGCUGGGCUGUGCAAUAGAAACGUAUGGGGUCUACUGGCCGAUGUUUGUCCUGAUUUUCUACAUAUUAAGUCCCAUCCCGACCUUCAUAUCCAGACGCCUCAGUGACGACUCUGAAUCCAGCAGUGCCUGCAGAGAGCUGGCCUAUUUCUUAACAACUGGCAUUGUGGUAUCAUCGUUUGGACUACCCAUUGUUUUGGCCCGUACCAACACCAUCAAGUGGGGUGCCUGUGGAUUGGUGAUGACCGGAAACGCCGUCAUCUUUCUCACCAUCUUAGGCUUUUUUAUCGUGUUUGGAGGCGGGGAUGACUGGAGCUGGGAGCAGUGGUAAAGUGCCGUUGGAAAGUGGACACACAGAUGGGCGGGUGGGUGGGUAGGUGGAUCGUUGAACGAACAGACUGCAGACUGAGGGGCACAUGUGUCCUACACUCAAUGGGGGAUGAAGCUAUAGUGUAGGCAGCAAAAUGUCAAAUGAAACCAGCGUGUUGUCAUGCUGAUUUUUAUACUGGGGUGGGGAUUAGGUUUGGAGAUAACUGUGUGCCCUGUAAUGUGCCUUACGUCUGGGACCAGGGAGAAAUGAAUGUCUGUACCCCUCUUAUGUGCCAUCAAUAUCCACAUUAACACAUAUAUGAUUAUUUUCUUCGUCUUGCCUUUGUUUCAGUUGCUGAAUCACCCUGCUCACUGCAGCUAUUAUGCCUCAGUUAAUCAAUAUCCUAAAGGGAUCCUAAAGAAUAACUAUUGUAAUGUAUACUGCAAAGCUUAUACUGCAUCAUCUGCCUCAUUGUUUAAGGGAGGAGUUAUAGCUUGCUUAUUAUUAUGAGCACUCUUUGCUAGUACAGAGCAAGUUAUAGGACUCUUAAUCAGGUGAAUAUAUAUUUGUGUUAAGUAUGUUGUUUUGCUUUUGUUUUUGUUUGUGUGU